AUGACAACGAAUUGGCAAGAAAACCAUGUAAAGUGUAUUACUAGUUUUUUAAGGUACCAAUAAAAUUAAAUUUGAAUGAUGAUGAUGAUUCUUUUGAAGAAGAAAUAGGUAUUCCCACAUUUUUUAAGUAAUAGAUAGAUUGAGAUAGUAAAAAGAAAUGCAACAAAAAUUAAAAUAACAGCAAGCAGCUAUUUUUGAUCAUAAUAAAAAGGUAAUGAAACUAUCAACAUAGGCUGAAUAAUAAAGAUAACAAAUUGUUAAAGAUAUCCUCCCGAAACACAAAGGAUUGUAAUUAGCCUAUGAUUAUGACGGAACCUUUAUGUUAGCUAAAGAUUUCUCAUAAGUAAAAAAUAAUUAAAGAGCUCCUGAAAUACAGUACUUAUUAAGCAAUAUAUCAUAGUAAGAUUACUUAAGUAGAUACCAUAUUUUAACCAUAGAAACCUGUUUAAUAAGCAGUUAUAGAAAAUGAAAAAGUAAAAAAAGAAUAGUUGCGACAAUCAAAGGCAAAAACUAAUCCUCCAUAAAUCUUUGAAGCAUCUAUUCAGAAACCAUUUGAUAGUUUCACACCGAAUCAAGGAGUCAAAUUGAUUUAUUAAGAUUAAAAUUAAGAGAUUGUAAGGCAAUAAGACAUUUAAAAUUGGGGUGAUGGAUAGAGAAUGACAAAAAAGUAAUUUGAAGCUCUUAAAAAUGAAGGUUUUAAACAGACAACGUAUUCGAUGAAAUAGUAGAUGCUCUAAAAAAUAAAUUCUGACAUUGUGGAACAACAAGAGCCGAAAAAUACACCGAUGAUAGCAGAAUAAACCAAUUAAAUAAAUGAAUUAAAGAUCUCACAGUCCUAUACUAAUUUAAAGUAACCUCAGACACUAUAAACAAUUUAAAAAAUCCCUUAAACAGCAUAAAAUAGAAAAAAAGGAAGUAAAAUUAAUGUAGUGGAUAAAUAAUUAUUUGAUCAAUUACUUUCAUGA